UUCCCUUCGCGGUUCCUUCGGGUUCUCGCUCACGAAACGACCCCCGGUAGCUCGAGUAAGAUGAGUAGUUGGGCACGUAGGCCAUCGUCCUUCGCGAUGCUGGUGCUGGUGCUCGUGGUGCAGGUGAUUGCGAUGAUCGUGCCCGCGGCGGCGGUCGGGUCCAGAUCGCUGAACUUCGAGGCGCUCGAUGAUGCUCGCCUCGAGGAGGAAGACAAUGCCGUCGUCAUCGAAGCUGCAAUUAGUCCGGAUCAGCUCGGAUCGAGAGAGGGUCGGGGCAUUCUCUGGAACGGAGCCACGACUCGUGAGAGCUGCUUAACUUCAAAAGGCGAGGUCGGCCGUUGCACGUCCUUCAAGGAGUGCUACCCUUACUUUAAGAUUCCAGACCUCGGUGCUCUCGACGGCUGGGUUCUCGGCGUCUACGACACGUGCAGCUACAUCCGCGAGGAUGGACACCCGAGUUUCGGAAUCUGCUGCUCGAAUCUGAAUCCGUUCAUCACUCCUCACCCGGAGAACUGCGAGGACCCUAUCGUGGGAGAUGUCGAGGAUAACAAGAGAAAGGAUGUCGACACGGGGAUAGCGCGUCCUCAGGCUGCACCUACUUGGCCACCGCCAAUCCCGACGCAUCCCCCUGAUCACACGAUACCGCCACUGCCGACCCAUCCACCCUCUCCUGGUCUACCGUCACUACCGUCCACGACCUUGAAGCCGAUCACCAGCAGCUCCAAGAGGCCCGCUGUCGCCACGACGUGGCCGACGAAGAAACCGAUGUGGUGGCCAGGCUCGACCACGUCGACGACCAGCAAGUCACCGAUCAGCAGCUCCAAUCUCUCGCAGUGCGGUGCGAAGAACGGCAAUCAGGAUCAAGAGCGCAUUGUCGGCGGUAAAAAUGCAGACCCAGGCGAGUGGCCGUGGAUCGCCGCGCUCUUCAACGCCGGACGGCAAUUCUGUGGUGGAUCGCUCAUCGAUGAUAAGCACGUGCUGACCGCAGCGCACUGCGUCGCAAAUAUGAAUUCUUGGGACGUAGCCAGGUUGACGGUACGCCUCGGUGAUUACAACAUUCACACGAACACCGAGAUUCGUCACAUCGAGAGACGCGUAAAGAGGGUUGUGAGACACCGCGGAUUCAAUUCGAGAACGCUCUACAACGAUGUCGCGCUUCUCACAUUGAGCGAGCCUGUGGAAUUCACCGAACAAAUCCGACCAAUUUGCCUACCUAGCGGAUCACAACUGUACUCUGGCAAGACAGCGACCGUCAUUGGAUGGGGCUCUCUGAGAGAAAGUGGACCGCAACCAGCGAUCUUACAGGAGGUGUCGAUUCCAGUUUGGUCAAAUAGCGAGUGUAAAUUGAAAUAUGGUGCAGCAGCACCGGGUGGUAUAGUCGACAGCUUCCUGUGUGCUGGUCGAGCCGCCAAAGACUCAUGCUCCGGUGACAGCGGCGGUCCUUUAAUGGUCAACGACGGUCGCUGGACGCAAGUCGGUAUCGUAUCCUGGGGCAUAGGGUGCGGAAAGGGACAAUAUCCAGGCGUGUACACGAGAGUGACGCACUUUUUGCCAUGGAUUUCUAAAAAUUUAAAAUAGGAGACACGUAUAUCUACCGCAAUGUAUAUCUCUCGCACAGUUGCUGUCCUUUUGACAAGACGAAUCGUAAAUGCAGAUUCGAUUGCACGUAGCUUUGAAAAAUGUGAUAAGAAUUAUCGAGCGCUGACAAAGGCGGAGCUUUGUAGCGGUAUUAAAAAUAACCGCCUCCAAAAGCAAUUUUCACGUCUAUCUCUCUUUGUUUUAAGGCAACUUGACGCAAUCAUUACUUCAAUUAUUUUAAUGCGAGAUAAACAUAUACCAUCUUUUAGAUUCCACAUCAUCAUACUUUACGUACGCUUCCUCAUCACUAAAUAAAUAAUACCAUCGUCGUCCAUUUACUGUACUUUUAAGAGUUGAGACAAGAAGCGAGCGAACUCGGUGAUUACAAGUAGUAACAAAAUAUUUUAUAUUUUAUAUUGCUAUACAUAUACAAGUAUAUAAAAAAUAAAGUUAUACAUAGUAA